UUACAGUAACUUGACUUUGAUUUAAAUAUGAACUUUUUCUUUUAUAAAUAUUACAUUUUUGAGAACUGAGUACGAUACAUACAGUAUAUUCUUAGAUAUGGGAGAUCAUAAAUUAUUUAAAAAAAAUAUUGGAAUUCACAGAGACAUGUGUUUUUGGAAAUGAUUAUGAUUUAUGAUUGAGUCACGAGUGGUAAGGUAAUUGAUUGUAUCAUCAAUGGUUAUUUAAUCAAAUAAAAAAAUAUGUCCAAAUGCCCAUGAAUUAAAAUCUACAAGGCAAAUAUGAUACAAAGUCUAACAGUAAGAAUUUAAGUAUCACUAUUUAGCUCAAGAAAAUAAGUAAUUUUACAUUGAAGGUACAUACGAAGAAGCAUAAAUGCAGAAAUCAGCAAGUUGUGUCUCAAGGGAGUCUUUGCCAGCAUCUUUGGUGGCCUUUCUCUAUGCAGUGUCCUGCCUUAUUCAGCUUUAAAUGACAACUGACCCUUAAUUGAGGGGUGUAUAGUGCCACGGUCACUCUUUUCCAUGCUACUCAGAACACUAGGGGAGCAAAAAGCUUCCCGCCAUCCAAGCAAUUCUUUCUGUUGAGAGACCAAGCAAGCGGGUGUGAAAAAAUAUUCAUGAGACUCAUUAGGGUGAAUGAAGAAAACAUUUGUAGCAGCUUGCAGCUUCAGGCUAAAGUCACCAGACUAUGUCAAGAUAGUGUGAGUGAAUGAAGCCCGUUGAUAAGGAACAUACAGCCUUUUCCCCAGAGUAUACAAUGUAAAAUACAAUAAGAUUUUUACAAUUGAAACCUUUUGAGCCUAUAUUCAAUGUUACAGCAAUUCUAAUUCAGACAAAUUUAACUUGUCAAAAUAGUUGCUUUACAUUGUAUUUAAUAGUAAACAUUAACAAACAAAGCUUGUAAUAUUAAAAACAAAAGAGAGUUUAGGCACUUGUGAACUAAGAUAGAGCACAAACACCUCACUAACUCUUAUAUGGCUGAAUUCAUCUUUACUGUUGAAGGGCUGCCAGUAUCAGUUCCCAACCUUUAUAAUGGUAGACCGUAAGUUAUAGGGUCAGCCUAAUGCUGUUAGAAACAGAGGGGAAAAAAUACUGAAAAUAACAAUAAAAAGCUACCUAAAAUAAAGAAACAAACUAAUUAAUUAAAAAGAAAAAUCUGAACAAAUGUAUACAUUACAACCAACCAAUGACAGUAAAUUACAAUAAAAAUAAGCAACUAAUAAUAAUAAUUAUGAACAAACAAUUAAUAGAUUAAAGCAUCUCAUUUAUAUUAAAUACUGUAUAAAUAUAUUUAAAAAAAAAAUCAAUGACAACCAAAAAUAACGAUAAAUAAUAAAACGUUAUUAUUAUUACUGAGUUUCUUCCUCAGUGUGUAAUGUUUUGAGGAGGUGUGAGCUGUAGUGUGAGGUAGACUCCAGUGGUAUUGGACACAUGGCUAUUUUCCAAUGAGAGGCGUUGGACAUCAGAUCAGGGGCUCUGAUCACAGCAGUUGUAGGUUGCCCACUGUCACAGUCACAGAUUUUCACAUUUCUUCUUCUUCUUCUUUUUUUUUUUUUCUCUCUUAAAUGAGCUCAUAUUGAAUCAUCUAUUAAAGCAGGUGGUUAUCGGGAGAUCUAAGGAGGGUUACUGUUCCACCUUUACCGGCUGUUAGGACGGCAUGACAGCCGAAAAGACGAUUCCCAUAAUCAAUGGAAAAGCAGAAGACACGAUGGAUCCCGAGGCGUUGAACCCGAGCGCGGUGCGCAGCAAUGAUAAGAAAGUGGUGAAUGAGAGGGGGCAGUGGAAUAAUAAGGUUGAGUUUGUGCUGUCAGUGGCUGGAGAGAUUAUCGGCCUUGGCAACGUUUGGAGGUUCCCAUAUCUGUGUUACAAGAACGGUGGAGGAGCUUUCUUUGUGCCGUAUGUCAUAUUCUUCAUCUGCUGUGGUAUCCCAGUCUUCUUCCUGGAAACAGCAUUGGGUCAGUUCACUAGUGAGGGGGGCAUCACAUGUUGGCGAAAGGUCUGCCCACUUUUUGAAGGCAUUGGCUAUGCGACCCAAGUCAUUGAAGCUCAUCUGAAUGUUUACUAUGUGGUCAUAUUGGCCUGGGCUAUUUUCUACCUGUUCAACUGCUUUACAACAGAGCUGCCCUGGGCAUCAUGUGGUCACUACUGGAACACGGAAAACUGUGUGGACUUCAACAAUGAAAGCAUUGCCAACCUCAGCAACCCAUAUGCCACAUCACCAGUCAUUGAGUUUUGGGAACGCCGUGUUCUCAGCAUAUCCUCUGGAAUUGAAGAAAUCGGCAGUCUUCGCUGGGAACUUGCUAUCUGUCUUGCUAUAGCCUGGGUCAUAUGCUAUUUCUGCAUUUGGAAAGGUCCCAAAUCAACUGGAAAGGUGGUGUAUGUCACUGCAACCUUUCCUUAUUUCAUGCUGUUGAUACUUCUUUUGCGAGGAAUCACGCUGCCUGGUGCUACUAAUGGAAUUAAGUUCUACCUGUAUCCUGACAUCUCUCGUCUGUCUGACCCUCAGGUGUGGGUGGAUGCUGGCACCCAAAUCUUCUUUUCAUAUGCCAUCUGUCUGGGCUGUCUGACGGCGCUUGGCAGCUACAACAGCUAUAAUAACAACUGCUAUAAGGACUGCAUCAUGCUGUGCUGUCUAAACAGUGGCACAAGUUUUGUGGCAGGAUUUGCAAUCUUCUCUGUGCUGGGCUUCAUGGCGUAUGAACAGAAUGUACCAAUAGAGGCAGUGGCAGAGUCGGGUCCUGGUCUAGCAUUCAUAGCAUAUCCUAAGGCUGUUACCAUGAUGCCAUGGUCUCCUUUGUGGGCCUGUCUCUUCUUCAUGAUGCUCAUCUUCCUUGGACUCGACAGUCAGUUUGUGUGUGUGGAGAGUCUUGUGACUGCAAUUGUGGACAUGUAUCCUAAAACAUUUCGCGUGGGCUACCGGAGAGAGCUUCUCAUCCUUGGCAUGUCUGUGGCCUCGUUCUUCCUGGGUCUAAUAAUGUUGACAGAGGGUGGCAUGUAUGUGUUCCAACUCUUCGACUCAUAUGCUGCCAGUGGUAUGUGUCUGUUAUUUGUGGCCAUCUUUGAGUCCAUCUGCAUUGGCUGGAUCUAUGGUAGCGACAGAUUUUAUUUGAACAUUGAGGAUAUGAUUGGAUACAAACCCAUCUUCUUUAUUAAAUGGUGCUGGAAGUUCUUCACUCCAGGCAUCUGUGCAGCCAUCUUUCUGUUCUUCUUAAUCAAGUACAAACCUUUGAAGUAUAAUAAUGUGUACAAAUAUCCUGACUGGGGUUAUGGCAUUGGUUGGAUGAUGGCCAUGUCUUCUAUGGUCUGCAUCCCUCUGGGAAUCUUGUUUCAGAUCUGGAAAACAGAAGGCACUUUCCGUGAGAGAAUCAAAAAGCUGACCGCCCCCAGCUCUGACCUGAGAAUGAGGGGUCAACUCAGGUCCAGCAGUCCCUGUGCUAUCAAUGAUGCUGAUGCCAAAAUGAGGGUGGAUGGCAAAAUCUCCACCAUCACAGAGAAAGAGACACAUUUCUAAACCAAGGAUACGGACAUCACUGACACGAAAGAGAAAAAAGAAGAAAUAAAUAUAUGUUUGCCUUUAUUUUUAAAGAAAGAAAACUUUGAUCACAUUUGUAGUCUUGCUUUUUUGCACAAACUGGUAACACAUCACAAUUUAACAUCAUGAUUGAAACUGUUUUGUAUCAGAGUGUAUCUAAAUCUAGAUAAAAUGUUGUCGUAUUGUGUCACAUUAAUCAUUUCUGUUCUUUUAGAAAGAUGCCAAGGUAUAAUGUGCUGUGAAAUGUUGUAACACAUUGACUCUUGGCCCUGUGCAGAUUACUGUAGAGUUAGAAUCUAAUGGGUAGGAGAUCUGUUGAAGACCAUUCCAAAUGUUGGCUGUGUGUUUGAAGGUGACUCUCUGUGUUGUUGGUUGUGCUGUGGUUCUCUGUCCUUCAGCUUGCUUGACUCGCGGGGCGAGCAUGACAUAGCAAGCCCUUUCUCCACGGUUUCUUUAGCGGCUCAAAUACUUGGCCAUUUCACACCAAUUAAACUGAGUUUAAUUGAAGGUGACAGACCAAGCACAGUUUAUCACUUUUAUAAUUUCUGGCUAAGGGUCCAGAGAGUCAUUCAUACACACUCUGUAAGUGCAUGAAGUUAAAUCUUUAUACUGUGAUGCUUUUGUAGCCUUUAAAGGAAUAGAGCACCCAAAAGACAAAUUUCUGUCACCAUUUACUCACCCUCAUGUUAAAUCCUCUAUUUUAAACAUAACAACAAUCUUCAAGAUGCUCUUUUAUCAUACAAUGUUUUUUGGCACCGUUUCACGGCCAGCCCACCAGGAAAAAUCCUGUUUCUCCCUAUGGCCAUUCUGCCCCUGACACUAUAUACCAAGUAUUCUGAAGCUGUACAAUGGCUUUGUGUCAGAGACAGACAGAAAUUUCACAGACAGAAAGUCCAUAUUUGCUAAAACAUCACUCCCUCCAUUGCAGCUAUCAGACUAAAAAUAAUGUAAUUUGGUUUUAUAGGUCAAACCAGAUGCAAGGUGUCUUUACAUACUAAGUUUGAAAAUGUGCACACACAUAUGAGUUUGGAUAGCUAUGGUGUUGUCAUCACACAAAGCUAUCAUAUUAUUUCAGAAGAUUUAGAAUAUUUUGCAGAAAGUCACACAGGUUAUGAAUGCCAUGACACUACAUUUCGGAAUUUAAAUUUUUGGUUGAACUAUCCUUUGAGGGGAGUUUGUUGGCCCAAGAGUGUUUAUUUUUAUUUAUUUUUUAUUCUUGUCAGCAGAGGUUCAGAUAAAGGUUAGGUGUGCAUGUUGGGAAAACAUUAAAGGUAUAGAUACAGUAAAGAAUAGAUGUAUUUUACUGUAUCUAUUUGGUGUGGAAAGAUAUAAAUGGAAAAGUGCAAAGUAUAAAUGGGCCCAAGAAUUUAAAUAAAUGUAAAGAAGCUGAUCCCCUAGGAUAGAGUACAUGCGACAAGGCAGUAUGAUGUAUUUACAGUAAUUUUUACCUGUUUAAUUUCUGUUUUAAUGGAUUGUAGCCAAGUUAUUGACAUCCAUUCGUUAGAAAGCAGUGGAAAUGUGUUUGAAUGACCCUAGCAAUCCAACAGCCUUAUGAACCUACAUCAAUUUGUGCUGGAUCUGUAUUUUCACAGUUCAGAGCACUAUUGUGUUUAGUGUAGUGUCCCCAGGAUGCACAGCAAGUCCUUUGCACAUACGUGCAACAUUUGGACUGGCCUGUUUCAUUGUGACAUCAUCAGUUUGUGAAAGUAAACUUGUUUGUUUUAAUGGGAAGUUAACUUUUCAGAUAUAUGUAUAUUUUUUACAUUGUGUUACUUUUUUCUGUACUAUUUCUUGUUGAAAAAAAAAUUGAUAUGUUGACUUUUGAUAUGUUAUUCAACAAUGUUAUAGACUUAUGAUGGAAUUGAUAUAUGUGCUGUUUACACAGAGUUUGGUAUUCACAGGACAUGAAU